AUGGUCAUCCAGGAUGUUUCCAAGUCAGAUGAAGGACUGUACAAGUGCAGCAUCUCCAGAGCUGUUGAUUCUGUGGUCCUGGACAGUCCUGCUCACCCUGUCAUGGAGGGAGAAGCCGUGAUGCUGCACUGUAGAAGCAACAUGUUAUCGGCCAACGUUCCGGCUGUCUUCUAUAAGGACGAGCUCUUCAUUGGGACCGGCUCUACAGGGACCAUGACCAUCCCCAGAGUCUACAAGUCUCAUGAAGGACUCUACAAGUGCAGGAUAUCUGGAGCUGGAGAAUCACCAGGAAACUGGCUGACUGUCAAAGCAGAAAUCAAUAAACUGAUCUUUUCUUCCUCAGGAGAGUCGCAGGUGAUUGGUCCAUCUCAGCCAAUAGUGGCAUCCAUUGGUGCUGACAUCAUUUUACCGUGUCAUGUGGAACCUGCUGUGGAUGCUACUGCUCAGAUAUUGGAGUGGAUGAGAGCUGACCUGAACCCCAGAUUCAUACUCGUGUGGCUCGGUCAGGAUCUCGUAAAUACAAGAAAUCCUUCAUACAGAGGAAGAACAUCACUGUUCAUUAAUGAACUGAAGCACGGAAACAUUUCAAUGAAGCUCUCCAAAGUAGAACUCUCUGAUGAGGGAACAUAUGAAUGCUACGUUCCAAACCUGGACAAACAGUCUUUUGUGAAGCUCAUUGUUGGUGCUGUUUCCCAACCUGUCAUCACUUUAGUAGGGGUUGAUGGAAAGGGAGGAGUGGAGUUACAGUGUGAGUCUGCAGGCUGGUAUCCAGAGCCUGAGGUGUUGUGGCUGGACGGUGAUGGAAACCUCCUCUCUGCUGGACCUACAGAGACAGUCAGAGGUCCUGAUGACCUCUAUACUGUCAGCAGCAGAGUGACUGUGGAGAAGAAACACAGCAACAAGUUCACCUGCAGAGUCCAGCAGAAAAAUACCAACCAGAGCAGAGAGACAGAGAUCCAUGUUCCAGGGACCAAAAGAGGAGAAGAUGUUCAGAAUGAAUCUGAAGAAGAAGAUCUAAUGUCAAUGAAGACUUUGAAGAAUAAAAAGCAACCAGAGAGCAAACGAUUAAAGGAGGAAGAAUUGAAGCAGAAGGAGCAGCAGAGGAAGGAGGAGGCUGAGAAUAUGAUACAGAGACUGAAAGAGAAGCUGGACAUGAAGAAAACUGAGGUUAAAAACAAACAAACUGAGCUGCAAAGUCUCCAGGAGGAGAAGAAGAAGAUUCAGGAUGAUCUGCAGAACCUAAUUAAAGACCUGAACACCAAGAUUACAGAGCUGGAGACAAUCAGAGAAGAGUAG